AUGACCCUGGAGCGUUAUGUGGCCAUCUGCAUGCCCCUGCAUCAUGAAGAGCUCUGCUCCAUGCGCAGAACUAUGUGCUGCAUCUUCUUCAUACAGGGCCUCAGCACAGUUCCCAGCUUGGUUCUUCUCUUUGCAAUAUUUUCCUCAACACAUAUCAACUUUUAUUUUGAAUACAGAGUAUGUACCAUGCCAAAAAUCACUGUGCAUUAUUGGCAGCAGCAUGUCCACUCAGCUGUGUAUCAGUUUUAUUUCUUGAUCAUGACUGUCAUCAUUGUAUUCUGCUAUGUAAAGAUAAUGAAAGUAGCCAAAGUGGUAUCAGGAGAUAACAAAGAGUCAACACAGAAAGGUCUAAGAACAGUCAUUUUACAUGCCUUCCAGUUGCUGCUCUGUCUGAUGCAGCUUUGGUUCCCCAUCAUAGAAGCUAAUGUCCAUAUAUCUGAUAUUCGGGUUCUUGGGAACAUGAGGUGUUUUACCUAUGUUAUAUUUGUUCUUGCUCCAAGAUGUCUGAGUCCUCUAAUCUACGGCCUCAGGGAUGAAACUUUUUUUCAUGCUCUGAAAUGUAAUCUUCUGUGUGGCUUAUACAAGGAAUCACCAGCUUUUUAAUGAUGAAUUCAACUCACAGUUUUCAAUGACUACUUUAGUGGUGGGCUGAAAUAUCAGUGACAUUUUCAUUUUCAAUUCUGCUGUACUGAAUUUAUCUGCAAUCAACCUUUUUUCUUUUCUUGCUGAAAAUAUGUCAAAGUCAGACCAGUAGUGAGUUAGAAAUCAUAAUGGUAAUUCUUUAUUCUUAACAGCUGCUGAUGUUGCUUUUACUAUCAAUAGCCUACCUGGUUUCUUGUUUUAGGAUGAACUAUGAUUGCUUUAAGAGUGACACUGAACGCAUCAUGACUGAUUCAGAUGACUGUGCUUCUUUUUCAGUCUCAUCUUCAGUUUAAUGUAUACUAAUAUAUGAGUUGGCUCUGAAAACAAUGGACAACUUCUAAAUGUUAUUAAUUAAAUGAAUUUUAUGAAAAUAUUAAAUUUGUAAGAGCUUUUUGUCAUUGCUGAGUUUAACUGAAUGCACACUCUCAUUGAAAGGUUUUAUAAUUGCCUCGUUGAUUUAAUACACACACGAUGAUAACGGAGAACGUCGGUGUUUUUAGACCUAGCCCCUAUUUCCCCGUGUGUUUGUUUCUGCUCGCCUGAUGUGGAGAAUAGUUUCUGAAAUUGAUCAAGUAUUGAGCCGUUCUUUGACUUCCCAGUGUCUCUACUCACGUAUCCUCUAUUGUCUUCCUGGCUGCAACAAGUGAAAUCUCGCGAGACAUCAGAACAGUACUCUCCACAAACGUGAUUUAGUUGUACAAAGAUGUUUUUAGCUAGUUCCGCGGUUGCUAACUACAUCCUCGACCAGCUCCAGAAAUUGUUCACUGUGACAGUCAAAUACACAGAAGCACAUGGGAAAAAAAUACAUUUUUACGAAGUUUAAUUUUUAAAAGUAGGGAUUUUUCUCAGAGUGCUUAUCAAACCAGUCCCCACAGGAAGCUACAGGAUUACUCUCCACCUAUUUCAAGAAAAUGCAACACCAGUUAAUAAGCAAGUCGUCAGAGGGACAUUGUUAGAGAUAAAAAAUAUAUAUAUUAAAUAAAUACAUAGACUUGGGUUCAAGGAAAAGCAAAUGUGGUUAAAAAAAAAACAUGAUCUGAAUAAAUACUCCUUCUCUCCUGUCUUUUGGGAGAUAUGACAAUGAAAGCAUUACUUCAUCUCCAAAUGUAUUUAUUUUCACACAAAAUCAUACAAUUAGCAACACUGAGGUGCAACAGUGGAUCAAUCUCACUGCCAAACACCAAAACAAGAGAUGUUAUUCUCACUUUUCAAUAGCUCUAAAGUAGCCGACACGCAGUGAUCGAGUAAAUAGUGAUAAAUAAUAAUUUAGGCAUCCUUAAAGAAUUAAGUUAUGUUUAUUCCAUGCUUUCCCCUUUUAGCUAUGUCUUGCAGGGUGAACUAUCUUAUAUGAUCCAAAAAGAAAAGAGACAGAGAAGAGGAAUAAAAACAGAAAGUGUCUGUUUGCCUCAGUCCUCUCUAAGAUAAACUUCAUGCACCUCAAGCUCCUCACUAGCUCAUCCAAAAACAGCAUAUUCAGCCAUUCUUUGGGCAACAUAGAUGUUUGUUCUUGCUGCAAUGGAUGUGUGUCCAGCUCCCGGAGACACAUGAAAACAUGGAUUCUGUCAAAAUGCUGCUCAAAUUCAACAAUGAACAAGACAGAAGUUGAGCUUGUUUUAAAUCAUGUGUUUCAGCACUUCAUCCAGCCUUAAAACUAUAGAUGCGCUUCAUCACACAUUUAUUUACCUGAUGUCUGAGCUUCCUUGGCUGCCACUUUUUUUACUUUUAUAAGUAUUUGUUAUGAUCAAAACCAUCAUAACCUAACUUGUAUUUUUUAUUAGCAGUGAAAAUAAAGAUAGUCACUGUAAAUAUGACCAAAUCUUGACUCAUUCAAUGACAUCAAAUGAAAGUUGAAGGUUUUUAGAUACAUACUAUCACAGCUAUGUGAUACCUCUUUCUUAAAACAUAGACAUUUAUACAUUUAUACUUAAACUAUCUGGCCUCCACAGGCAUGAGACACUCAAAGUUAAAUUUCAUCAUUCAGAGGAAAAAGUUCUUGGUGUGAUGUCUUGUCUUGUGUAACUUUGAUGCAAUAAUGACCAUAACAAGUUCACUGUCUGUAUUCCUGUGUGACAAAACAAACUCCAGUGAAACCAAUUUAAGCUGCUGUUUAAUGGUUUCAUUAAUUAUGCAAAGACGUCUCUGUUGGUGCAAAACAUCUGAAGAGUUAGUUAACGCUUCAUCACUGAUUGAAAACUUUAGAUAAAACUAAAAAGUUUGAUGUGAGGUUUUUCUCAAUAUUUUGUUUAAAGUAGGAUUUAUCUUUCAAAACCUCUGAAAUCUAAGUCUUCUUACCUCAUCUCUACAAUCAAAGAUGAAAGAAGAGAAGAGGAAGAAAAUGGGAAAGUACAAGAUGCUUGAUAGACAACAAGGACAGUAGAGCCUCUGCGGGACUUUUUGGGCCAGAGCUGACCCUUGCUGGACUCCGGCUGUAUGCUCUAUUUCCCCUUUGUGCUGCACACUUUCUUAACAUACAUUUUUUUAGCAUGCUGCAAUUAUUAAUACAGAUAAACCCACCCAACUUGUGGAAGACAGCCCAAAUUAUGUCCACCCACCUAAGUCUAUUUGAACCAACCAAAAACUUCUUAAUAGGCCAAAACUACCCAAUCACAACCCAUCCUUGAGAUCUCCCUGGCCACCCCAUCAUUAUGUUUGUUUGUUUUUUGGCUUUUUCUGAUGUGGCACUUGUGUUAAAAUCGACUGUUUCGUCUAUUUGGGCAGAGUAAUGCUGCGUUCAAAUUACCUCGGAAGUUAGACGUCUGAGCUGGGAACAACGUCACACCCAAGUUACAGUUACCAAGUUGGAAGAAAGCAAAAUCAGAGGCGGAAACAAGAUGGCUUCAUCUACGAAAGUUAUUUUAGGGUUUGCCUUGUCCAAAUGCAAUUUGGCUUUUUUCCAACUUGGUAACUGAAACGCUGGUAACUCGGGUGUGACAUCAUUCCCAGCUCAGACAUCUGACUUCCGAGGUAACUUGAACCCAGCAUUUAUCUAGAUCCAGAAUUUUUUUCUUCUUUUGAUGGUGCUUUUGAUUUUUAAAAGUAUUUUGCAGAUGUAUUUUAUAACACUGGUGUGCAGAUGAGUUGGUCCUAUACACUGUGGACAACUUCCUUCCACCAGUUUACAGAUUUGAAGCCGUAAAGCUCUCGGUAUUUCCGCGAUUUUUCUCCAUUUCCUGAAACCAACAUUGCGCAGUAGCAUUGUACGCAUUCAGCCGGAGAGUCGCUGUGAUGACGCUCGGCUCAAACAGCGAAUCCUUCGGGUGAGCUACGCAAUCUUCUUAUGGCCAAGUUGAUCAAGUGUCAAUCAUAGAAACCAUGAACCCCCUAAUAACUUUUAAAAAUGGAGCUGUACAAAGAAAGAGGACUUGAGCACAAACCAGUCUGACAACAACUACAUGUCAACACUGCAAGCAGGGGGGAAAACAUAUAUAUUCUGUGUAAUAGAUUUCUAAAGUUUGUCCACAGCUCCAUAAGCUUUGCUGGGAGAGGCGGGAUUUAUGACCCAUACUGCGGCCCGUCACCAGAGGGUGCUGUUCUUCACCCAGCGAGGAGGCAGACGGCGUCCAACAGUCUAUGGUUGGUCCGUUGAAAAACUGGCAGAUUAUUUUUCUAACAGUCAGACAAUCUGCAGGAGUGUCCCCGUACGUUAAAUUUGGACCUUAAACGAACUUAUCUUUUGAGUUUGUUGUUGUACAUUAAUGCAGGGACCCAGGUGGCCUGGUUUGGACCACCCAAACGGAAAUCCUGAACACGCCCCUGCUCCUUGAGUAGAUGUGGUCCAGUGAAUUUCUUUGCAUGUGAACUGAUGACAUCAUUGAAAGCAGUCCUCCUCCUCCUCCUCCUCCUCUAACAGACUCCUGCUGCUCCUGCUGCUGCUGAAGAUACAGUCAGAGGAAUUAUGCCCUGCCCAGCGGUGGCUUUGCCUGUUUGAUGAGGUGACCUAUGCAUACCAAGUGGUUGUAAGUCCGGGGAUCUCCCCGUGUUUCUGGUAAGUCCAAACCCUCUCCAGACUCGAUGCACCGGGCUGACUCUGAUUCUCCCUCAUGCAUCUGCAGAUAGAGGCAAAAUGGCCAGACUCACACGGUAGCUGCUAGUUGCUACAGCUAACAUCUUCGCCUUGAUGGUUCUCACUUCAGACUGAGUGGAAGCAUUAUUAGGAGAAAUCCGCUGUAAGCUGUGAUCAUGUUGGUUUCAGACUGUGGGAAUGUUUGUUCGCGUUUUUAAAGGAGAUCGAUGCGUAAAGGGGAAAUGCGACACGGGGAGCAUUUCAUUUACAUUCAUCCUUUUCAGCCGGAUUUAUCCCGAAAUCCGGGUUCAUCCUGGUAUCAGGGAUGGAAUUCAACGAUUAAAGCUGAGCAACAGUUUGACAUCAGACAAUGUUCAGAUAUUUAGUUGGAUGCGCACGGAGAGGCCUCGGUACCGGGGCUGUUUUCGGAGGAGAUGGACGGUGCUGCUGCAGAAGAAGAAGAAGAAGAAGAAGAAGGGGCGAAAAUUACAUGUUUCACAUCUAUUCAUGCAUUUCAUGUAAAACCAGACAAAACAAGUGACCAAACAAAGAGAGGCUGUGUUCAAUAAUCUGGAGAUUCAUUAUUCUAACAGCAUGUCGAGUCUCCAUUAGCCUAUCCCCCUCUAAAGGGGCGCUCGGCCCCUGAGCCAAAAUAAUGCAAAUCUCACACUGUGUUCUCAGAGAACGAUGGAGGAAAAGGAGGAACAACAGAGUGAAAUACAAAGAAAUAAAGCUUGAUAAACUGUCAUCUUAUAAAGUUCAGACUGUGCUCAACAUGUGGGGUCUUCACUCCUUUACAUCAGUGAUUCAAAUCUGAAUCAGAUUAUUAUUCCAGGUGAAUGUCAGAUGUAAUCUGUCCUGUGUGCUGUUAGUAUAGGGGAGAGUGGGUUAAGAUGAUCCAUUUUUCAUAUUUCAGAUCACUACAUCAAGUCAAUCAUAGUUUUGUCUCUAACUUGUGUAUCUGCAGAUAUUUUAAGAUGUUGUUCAUCCCUGUAAACCAACAGAGUGAGUGUAAACAGAACUGUCUUGAUGAUAUAGUAUGCGAAAAUAAGUGGUCCCCUAUGGUCAACUUACCCUGUGUAUGGGGUAAGUUGACCAUAGGAGCCGUGUAAGUUGAGCCGUAUCCCUGCUACCUCCCCACUCUCCACCCCAGCCCUCCCUCACCUUCUCUCUCCCUAAAUAACAGUCACUUCUUCACAUUCAUGUGUAUUUUAUCUAUUAUACGCAAUUCAACCGGUACAAUAAUUCUUUUUAUUAUUAUUGUAUAUAACUGAUAAAAAGUGAUUCCGAACAUUCACAGAUCUGUAUUUUUGAAUUUACCCCUGAACUACUAUGAUGACUUUAUUAGCCCUCUAAACUAAAAUGGUGGCGUUUUAUGUUAGGUUUGUGACCUCAUGUUGUAGAUGUUUAGCUACAUGGAUACUUUAUUAAUCCCAGAGGGAAAUUCAGAAAACCUGCACCGGUGGAACACUGUACACACUCUACAAAUACAAAUACUAUAACAAUAUUUACACUAAAUAAUAAAAAUAAAAUCAAAACAGUCUAUAAACAUGACCAUAAGGCAGUAGGCAUUAGGCAGUAGUGCAGCACUACGAAGGCAUUGUUCAUGGAUGGGAUAUAGGAUAUAGAUAUGGGAUGUAGCUCAUAGAUACCACAAUUGAUGUAUAAAACAAAUUUAAAAUGAUCUUUUUUGGUCUGAACACAAUUCUAAUCAAACUUAUUACUGAAUUCACUUUACAGAGUGAAAAAAAGUUUUUAUUGUGAAUAAAUGUCUAACCUAAAUAUUUGGUCACAUGAUCAAUUUCUUUCACCAUUUACAAGCAACAGGGGGUGGCUCAACUUAUCCUUUGGCUCAACUUACCCCACUCUCCCCUACUGUAAUUUAACAUUAAUGUUAUCACUCUCAUCACUCAUUUCUCUUGUCCUGUGAUUUCCACAGUUUAGCAUGAGCAUGGAGGAUUAUGACUACCUGUUCAAAAUAGUUCUGAUUGGAAAUGCAGGAGUUGGGAAGACAUGUCUGGUCCGGCGCUUUACUCAGGUUUGUAUACUGUUUGUAUCCUGAAUCACAGAUUAUAGGAAUAUGAUUAUAUUGACGUUUCUUUUAUUGUAUUAGGGCCUUUUCCCUCCUGGACAAGGUGCUACUAUCGGAGUGGACUUCAUGAUUAAAACAGUGGAAAUCAAAGGGGAGAAGGUCAAGGUAAGCACAAGUUUGACGUAGUUUGAAUCUGUGUUUUUUUAUGAUGGUUGCUCAUCCCAGAUAUUCUUCCUCCCUUUAGCUGCAGAUAUGGGACACAGCUGGACAAGAGAGAUUUCGCUCCAUUACUCAGAGUUAUUACCGCAGUGCCAAUGCCCUCAUUCUUACGUAUGACAUUACCUGUGAGGACUCCUUCAGGUGCCUUCCAGAGUGGCUGAGGGAGAUCGAGCAGUAUGCCAAUAACCAGGUGGUGACUAUAUUAGUCGGUAAGAAGCUUUACUUUGUCGUUUUUUAAACAGCCGGAGCUCUUUUCUUACGAGAUCCUUUGUCCAUUGUGAGAAAAACUAAAUAUGAGUGUGAGCUGGGCUGGUUCUUCAAUGUGAGUGGAAAAAAUGAGAUGAUUUCACAGCUUGAGGACAGAUUUUGAAAACACAAAGCUGCGAUUGUCUUUUAACAACAUUUCAUCGCAGAGUUUUUCAGAGAAUAUUUUUAUUUCUAGAAGAAAAACCUCCAAGACUAACUCUGCCUACGGCGGACCCACACAUGCACGCACACAUGUACACCUCCACAUUUGUUCCUGCUACACCCACCACUCAUCAGAAAGCCAGUCUGUGCCUCGUGAAUGGAUGGUCGAGGGGUCUGAAUGGCUGCUGUUCUGUUCUGUAUGUGUUCCAGGUAAUAAAAUAGAUCUGGCAGAGAAGAGGGAGGUUCUCAGACAGAGGGCUGAGGACUUUGCUGAGUCCCAGAGCAUGCUGUAUCUGGAAACCUCAGCCAAAGAGUCCGACAACGUGGAGAAACUUUUCCUCGACUUGGCCUGUGAACUCAUCAGAGAGGCCAAGCAGAACAAGCUGGAUAACAAUGACACUGCCCCGAUGCCCGGCGAGGGUAAAACCAUCAGUUAUUUGACUUGCUGCAGCGUCAAUUAA